GGUUUUCUGUUAGUGCUGCUGUCAUCGUUAUCCGAAUUCGGGUUUGGACCAGGCUGGACCUUAUAUCCACCAUUAAGCAGCAGCUUAUCGUUAAGUCCUUUGGCUAUCGAUGUAAUCGUAGCUGGACUGCUGUUGACCGGAUUCUCUAGUUUAUUAUCUUCGAUUAAUUUUAUGACCACUAUUUUCCAUUUGAGAACUAAUGGUUAUUCUUUGGGUAUAAUAACCUUUAAUUCAUGGUCUAUCAUAUUUACGUCUAUCAUGUUAAUCUCAACACUACCGGUCCUUACCGCUGCAUUAUUAAUGUUAAUAACUGACCUUCAUUUUAAUACUAUCUUCUACGACCCUGUGUUUUACGGAGAUCCAGUGUUAUAUCAACACCUGUUCUGGUUCUUCGGUCACCCAGAAGUGUAUAUUUUAAUUAUUCCAGGCUUUGCUAUAAUUAGUCAAGUGAUAUCAACAUCAUAUAAUAAAGUGAUCUUUGGGUCACAAUCAAUGAUACUGGCAAUGGGUUGUAUUUCUGUACUAGGUGGUAUGGUCUGGGCACAUCAUAUGAUGACCGUAGGAUUGGAAGGUGAUACCAGAUCUUAUUUUACUGCUGUUACAAUCUUAAUCUCUUUACCGACAGGUACUAAAGUAUUUAAUUGGAUUACCACAUACAUGGGUAGUAACAACGUUACGUUUCAUUGUAGCACAUUAUAUGCUCUCAGCUUUAUUGUUACAUUUACUUUAGGUGGCACCACAGGUGUGGUGUUAGGAAAUGCAGCUGUUGAUGUAACCUUACAUGAUACCUAUUAUGUGAUCGCUCACUUCCAUUUUGUCUUAUCGUUAGGAGCGAUCAUAUCCAUACUCGCGGGUAUUUGUGUGUUUCAAACCAAUUUCUUCGGCUACAACCUUGUAGCCAAUAGAACAGCAAUUCUUUUCACUCUGAUCUUCUUAACUGGUAUUUUCAUAACAUUUAUUCCAAUGCACAUCCUCGGAUUUAGUGUGUUACCUCGACGUAUCUCCGAUUAUCCAGAUAAUCUUAAUUCAUGGAACCAAUUAUGUUCCUUAGGCUCUGCUAUAUUUAUACUCGGUACUGUAUUCCUAAACACAGGGUCGUUUGACCGGGAAGUUAGCGUCUUCAACAGUGCACACCAUUCUUGA